AUGGCCAAUAAUCCUACCGACGACGUUCAAGGAUUAACCGAUGUGUGGAGGAGACUUGAAGAACAUGGGACUUCUAUUCGCAAUAUAGAACAACAACUAACCAUAAUUACGGGACGAGUUGUAGGCUUUAUUUGCUAUAAAUAUGGAGAACAAGUUCAUCGUUCUAAUGAGUGUCCAAAAAGAAAAUUUGGUAAUAAAGUGGAGCAAACCGACGAAGUAUAUGGGGAAGAAGAGUGUAGACUCGAUAGGGAUGAAAGUGAUAAUUUGUAUGAAGAAGAUGCUUUUGUGGGUGUCAUUAGGAGGGAGAAUAUGUAUCGAAUCUUGAAAGAUGGAGUAAGGUUGGCUAAAGAGGCUCAAGAAAUUCAAAUGGAGGUAAAGAAGAGAAUUGAGAAAGCAAAUGCUAGGUACAAGGCCUAUGUUGACCCACGAAGGAGAGUACGGUUGUUUGAUGUGGGGGAUGAGGUCAUGGUGUUCUUGAAUCUUUCACCAUAUUUACAUGAUUGUGGACUAGGUUAUACCGAUAAGAACUCGAAGGCGACUUCUUUGCAAGUGGAGGAGGAUGAUGGGGCAUCAAAAUAG